AUGAACAAUCUAUAUCUAUUGAAUUAUAGUCAUCAUGUUAUAUAUUCGAAUUUUCGUUUAAUUUCAUCAUCAUUAACACCAGUGAAACCAACGGUAAUUUCUCGUAUUCGAUAUGUUCUUAAGCAUUAUUGGCUUGGAUCAAAAUUACUUUAUAACAACUAUAGAGCAAUUCAAGGAAUUAAAAAAAAAGAUGAAAAUUCUGUAACACGUAUUGAUAAAUUGUCACAAGAACAAUUUCGUUAUGAUAUUCGUGUUGGAAUUCCAUUUGUUACACUAUUUAAUAUACCAAUUCUCGGUUAUUUAGCACCACUUAUUGCUUUAUUUGCUCCAAAAUAUCUUCCAUCAACAUUAAUUAUGCCAACACAACAGAUUACAUUUUUAAAAGAUGAUGCAAAAACUUCAUCAUCUAUAAUUGAUUCAUUUAUGAAAUUUAAUAAAACACAAUAUAAUGAUGAAACUAUUUAUGGAAUGAUACCAGUUAUACAAUUUAUUAAUCAAGUCACGACUAGUGAUGAUCCAUACAAAAUAAUAAUAUCAUCAAUUCCUGAAUAUUCUAUAUUAUUUUCCAAAUGUUAUCCAUUAUCAUCAUUUUCUCGUGAACAUUUAUUAAUUCUUCAUAAAUCGGUAUUACAUUCGUCAUUUCUUGCUCGUUUUUUCUUAUCAAAUUAUUCGUUAGAAGCUCAAUUAGAAAUGUGGCAAUAUAAAACAUUGAUUGAUGAUAAACAAAUAGGAAAUAUUGAUAAACUUUCUCCAUAUGAAUUAGUUUCAUCACUUUAUAAACGUGGUCUUUAUCUUCAUGUAAAUGAUAUGGGAACGAUUUUAGAAAAUCAACAAAAAAAUAAUUUAAAUAAAACAAAUGAAAUUAUUGAAAUAAAUCAAAAGAUUUUAAAUGAUUGGAAACAAUUAUUAUAUCAAUGGAUUGAUAUUCAUAAAAAACUUUCCAAAUAUAAUCCAAUAUCAACAACUUUUCUUCUUCAUAUUUCACCGUUACUUGUUAAACAAUAA